AGUAAAAUUCCGACGCCAGGUGAGCGUUUUAGUUAUGUAGUAACCCAUCCUGAUACGACCUUCGAUUUACAUGGUAGAAAAUUAACGCUAACGAAAGGCGAAAGAAUGGAAUUCGUUGAUGUGGCGAAGGAAUUGGCUCUCUCAAAUAAGAUAAUGCAAAUUAAGGAUCCGGAUGAGAAAUAUAAACAAAUAGAUGAUUAUGCACAAAAGAAGGUCAAAUCAUGGCUUGAGGGUUUUGUGAAGGAGAAUAUCAUAGUUAAUGGUGUUACUUCUAAGAUGAUGGGAUCCCGUGGGAUUGUUUAUAAGCGUGCUUACAGAAAUGCGGUUAAAAAAGCGCAAGAAAUGUUAUAUCAAAAGAUAGGCAGUUUAUACGAAAUAAUCCAUGGUGAAUGGCUUAACUAUGAGAUUUUCAUGGAAAGUAAUCCUAUCGAGAUAUUAUGGUGGAGAUUCAUGAAAUGCGCUAUAAAAAUUACAAAAGAUAAAAACCUCUCGGUAGAUGAUGAAAUGAAGGAAAAAAUAUGCUCUGAUUUUGCUCGAUAUCCUAGUGAGCUUGUAAAAUGUAUUGAAGA